AUGUUAUUAGAUUUAGUAAAUGGUUUACAUUUUAUUCUAACAGAGAUCAUAUUGAUGGUACUUCAGUCUUAUGAUGAACCAAAACCACCAUUCGUUCGUUCACAGCUUCAUCAUGUCAAUGUGGAAGGAAUUCUUCAUGAGCCAAAGAUAGUUAGUUCUGGAACGUCUGCUGACAUAAAGGUCUACAAAAUGGGAAAUACUACUAAAGCUCACCAAACAGAGAUGAUUAUGAAUGUUUUGUUAUCAAGUACAAAUGCAGAACGACAAAAUAUUAUGCAUCAGUACAACAGGAUUUUAAAAAAGCCCCUAUUGAACGAAAAAGAAAACAUUAAAUCGGGAUUAAUGUAUCAGUUAUUUGAAGACCUACUAACAGACACAUCUAUUUUAUUAGCUGAUGAAUUGUACAGAGCAAUAAUGUCUUCCGAUUUACGGAGAACGACAAGUAUACUGAUUGAUUUCUGGGGUGAUGAAUUUGAUCAAGUAGAAAAUGCUUAUAAAAUAUAUUCUGUAGAACCAUUCUGGAAAUCUAUAGAGAAACACUUCGGAAAAUCUGUAAAAAGUACUUUACAUUGUAUAGUUGAAACAAGGAAAAAUGAACCUAAACAAGAAGAUCCAAUAAAAGGUCGAGGUGUUAAACCGAUAGUUAACAAAACAGCAGUUAGUGAGGUGUUUUAUGACAUAAUGGUCGUGUUGGAUUCUAACAAAGAUGUAGGACAGCAACUUGGUCAACGUCUAUGUAAACUUGAUCCAUUUCAAUUUCAAAGAUUGAAUAUGAUUUAUAAACGAAAACCCGUUAGACAAUUUGGUGAAUUCAGUACAACUUCUAUCUUUGUAUAUUCAAUUUCGGAUAAUUAUUCUAUUAACAAACCAAUGUACUUUGCAACGUUAAUUCAUGAUGAGCUUCAUAAAGAACUCAUUGAAGUUUUAGGUGUACAACGUUUCUUACUUUUCCGUUCUGAAGAAUAUUUGUGACAUUUGAUGUGCUCCAUCGCUUAUUAUUGAUCAUUGUUAUUCUAAAUCUACUCCAUCAAUAUGGCAAGCUUAGAAAGAGAAUAUUAAAACGUCAAAUAGAGGAAGUUCAAUACAGGAAUUACUCAAAAUAAAAUGUCCAAGAUCUGAAAAAUAUACUACGUACGUCAAACUGAGAUUCAUUCUUACUUACUUACUUACGUACACCUAUUACCCCUCGUCAAGGAGCAUAGGCCGCUCACCAGCA